UAGAUGACAUCACGGACGCGUUGACGUCAACGGGCGCGUGACGUCAUCGCGUCGCGGGACAGCGGCCGCCCGACCCCGCUGCGGCCAUUUGAGCGAGUCGGUGGCGGAAGGAGACCAGGAAAAGGACGGGAAGAGGCCGGGAAGGGGCUGCGAAAGAGCCCGGGAAGAGGCUGAGGAAGAGGCCGGGAAGGAAGCGGGAAGGGGCCGGGAAGGGGCCCCGGGGGAGCGAUGUCCGCGGGGGGAGCGCCCCAGCCCGCCCACGCCCUGGAUCUGCUCCCGUAUUCCCGGCUGAGCCCGGCGCCGCGGGCCGGAUCCCAGCUGGAUGCUGUCGGCGCCGAGAUCCCGUCGGAUCCCUGCACAGGGUACCGGUUCUUCAAGCCGGUGGGUUUGUUUGGGAUGAAGGCGCCGGAGGAGCCGUUCGGAGCCGCGCGGACGGGCCCGGAGGACUCCAAGGCCCUGGGCAGCCCCUGCGCCGUGGAGCCCGGGCGGGUGAGCAAGGUGGAGCCCGAGGAGAAGCCCGGGAUCGGCGCCGGCUCCCUGGAGCUGUUCCCGGCCGCCGGCAGCAGCUCCGGCCGCUGGUUCCCCGGCGGGCAGCGUGGCCCCGAGCCCCCCCGGGACCCCCCGGCCCCCCGCGCCGGCUGCUGGGGGGCCCAGGGGGGCGUCCCCGGCCCCUUCCGCUGCGGGCAGUGCGGGAAGGGCUUCCGGCAGAAGCAGAGCCUGGUGACGCACGAGCGGAUCCACACCGGGGAGAAGCCGUUCCGGUGCGGGGACUGCGGGAAGAGCUUCAGCCAGCGGCCCAACCUGCUCACGCACCGGCGGGUGCACACGGGCGAGCGGCCCUUCCCCUGCGCCCAGUGCGGCAAGAGCUUCUCGCAGAAGGCCAACCUGCUGGCCCACCAGCGCAUCCACGGCGCCCACCCCGACGAGGGCAAGGCGCGGGCGCGGCCGGCGCGGGGCUGCGCCGAGGACACGCCCUUCGUGUGCCCCGAGUGCGGGAAGAGCUUCCGGCAGAAGCCCAACCUGAUCACGCACCGGCGCAUCCACACGGGCGAGCGGCCCUUCUCCUGCUUCCUGUGCGGCCGCAGCUUCAACCAGAAAACCAACCUGGUGACGCACUACCGGGUGCACACAGGUGAGCGGCCCUUCGCCUGCGCCCAGUGCGGGAAGCGCUUCACCCAGAAAACCAACCUGGUCACGCACCAGAGCACCCACACCGACCUGCGCCCCUUCCCCUGCGCCCAGUGCCACAAGUGCUUCAAGGACAAGGUGUCCCUCAAGGCCCACCAGAAGACGCACGUCCCCCGCCAGCGCCGCUGCCUCGCGCGCGGCCCGGUCCCCGCCGCGCCCUUCGGGGCCGCGCCCGCCCUGCUGCCCCCCGCGCCCGCCCCGCAGGACCCCCCCUUCGCCCCGCUCCCGCCCGCCCCGAAGCCCCCCGAGGGCGCCGAGCUGUUCCCCUGCGAAGAGAAGGGCUUCCCCCCCCCGCCCCCGGGCGAGCCCCCCUUCCCCUGCGCCCACUGCGGCGAUGGCUUCUGCCCCAAGGUGCCCCUGCUGCGGCCCCCCGAGGCGCCCCCAAACUUCUCCCCCGGCCCCCCCCUCCUGGGGCCCCCGGGGGCACAGCCGGGGCUGGGGGACGCCACGGCCCCCCCAGAGAAGCCCUUCAUCUGCAACCAGUGCGGGAACAGCUUCGGGCUCUGGCUCGCCCUCGUCGCCCACCAGAAGAGCCACGCGGGGCACAAGCCGUGCCCCGGGGCCCCCCCCGAGCCCGGUCCCGGCGCGGAGCUGCCCCCCGGGUCCCCCCCGGCACGGGCGGGCGAGGCCCGGCCCUGGCCGUGCCCCGAGUGCGGGCGCAGCCUGGCGCAGUGCGAGCGGCUGCUGCGGCACGGGCACGGCGCCGGCGGGCGCGGCCCCUUCCGCUGCGACACCUGCGGGAAGCGCUUCAGCCUCAAAACCAACCUGGCCACACACCAGCGCAUCCACACAGGUGAGCGGCCCUUCACCUGCGGCGUCUGCGGCCGCCGCUUCAACCAGAAGGGCAACCUGGUGACGCACUACCGGGUGCACACGGGCGAGCGGCCCUUCGCCUGCGCCCAGUGCGGGAAGCGCUUCGCGCAGAAGCCCAACCUGCUGGCCCACCAGAAGACCCACCUGGGCCGCCAGCCCUUCACCUGCCUCGAGUGCCCCAAGCGCUUCAAGAGCAAACUGUCCCUGCGGGUGCACCAGCGGGUGCACGCGGGGCCCCCCGGCACGGCCCCCGGCACCGCCGACCCCGCCGGGGCCCCCUUCCCCUGCGGGCCCUGCGGGGAGGCCUGCGGCGAGCACGGGGGGCCGCCGGCGAACCCGCGCGGGCGGCCCCACUCCUGCCCCGAGCAGCGCCGGCCCUGCGCCGAGCACCACCACCCCUGCACGGAGCAGCACCGCGCCUGUGCCGAGCAGCUGCACGCCUGUGCCAAGUGCCCCUGCGCCAAGCGGCUGCACCCCUGCCUCGAGCAGCCCCGGCCCUGCGGUGAGCGGCCCCACGCCUGCGAGCGGCCCCACGUCUGCGAGCGGCCCCACACCUGUGCCGAGCAGCCCCACACCUGUGCCGAGCAGCCCCACGCCUGCGAGCGGCCCCACGGCUGUGCCGAGCAGCUGCACCCCUGUGCCGGGUGUCCCCACGCCUGCGCCGAGCGGCCCCACGCCUGCACCAAGCAGCCCCACGGCUGCGCCGAGCACCCUCACGCCUGCGUGGAGCAGCCCCGCGCCUGCGGCGAGUGCCCCCACGCCUGCGCCGAGCGCGCCCACCCCUGCGAGCAGCCGCCGCCCUGCGCCGAGCAGCCCCAGCCGUGCCCCGAGUGCCCCCACGGCUGCGCCGAGCGGCCGCACGCGUGUGCCGAGUGCGGGAAGCGGUUCCGGCAGAAGGUGAACCUGGCCGUGCACCUGCGCACGCACACGGGGGAGCGCCCGUUCCGCUGCGCCGACUGCGGCAAGGGCUUCAGCCAGAAGGCCCAUCUGCUGCGGCACCGCCGCACCCACGGCGCCGGCCUCGCGCCCGCCUGCUCCGCCGGGGACCCGCUGGGCAAGGGCCCUGAGCCCCCGGCCCUGCUGCUGCCCCCCUGCUCCCGCGGGGCCCCCCCGGCCCGGCCCGACAGCCCCUCGGGCGCCGCCGACAUCCUCCUGCAGCUCAUGCAGGACGAGCACCCCCCGGGCCCCGGAGCCCCCCCGGUGCCCCCGUGCAAGUGCCCGGGGGAGGGUCCGGGCCCCAGGGCGCCGGGGCUGCCCCCCCCGUGCUGCUGUGCCGCCUGCCUGGCCCCCCGCCCCCCCGAGCCCCCCCGGGGGCAGCUCUGGGCCAAGGCCGGGGGCUGCGCGCGGGCCUUCGAGGAGAAGCGCGUGCCAGGAAUGCCGGGAACGCCGGGAGCGCCGGAGCAGGAGCACAUCGAGGAAAAACCGGCCCCGUGUCCCGGCUGUCUGUAACCCCCCGGGACCCUCACGGGGACGUGCACCAGGAUGCACGCUGGGGCCCUUGCCAGGACCCCCACCCCUGCCCCCGCACUGGGACCCUCGCUGGGACCUGUCCAGGCCGCCUGUGACCCACAGCAGGACCUGCACUGGGACCUGCCCUGGCUGUCUGGGACCCCCCUGCACUGGGACCCCCACCAGGACCCCCACGGGCAAGGGCCGGCCCUCAGCUCCCACGCCGGACCCUGACGAGGACGGAGCCGAGGGCUCGGAGCCGAGGGGUCGGAGCCAGGGUGAUCCCUCUGGCUGGACGUGACACUGGGACUUGGAGGAGCCUCGGGGGGAUUGGAUGGGGCAAACCAGAGCCAGACUGGGACAUGGCCCAUUUCUGGCUCGGGAAGACACCAAAGGACUGGAGGGGGUGCCACUGGACCUGGAUCUGCCAUGUUGGCUCCGGCCACACAGACUGGGAAGAGCUGGAUCCAGUGGCUUAAAAGUUGCAUCCACUGGAGGCAGCCAUGGGGCGAGAGGGCUCCAGCUGCUUCCAGAACCUUCCAGGCUGUUCCAGACUGGAUGGCAUUCCACAAGGACAUGGUUGGGAUGGAAGAGCCAAGCCCUGCCACUGCAGGAGUCUUGAGGCCCUUUCUCCUGUUGGAUGACCUGGGAUCCCCAGUCCGGCUCCACACAGAGGAGCUGGGAGAGCACUGGGAAAACAGCCAGGAAAAUGGCCUGGAAAGGGUCAGCUCUGCUUCCAGAAGGGACCCGGAGAUGCCUCUGGUCCGGGGGGGGCGGGGGGGGCAGCUUGUGCUUCUGCUUGCUCUGGAUAACUGUGCUUUGGGACUUGAUAUUGGUGGGGGCUGGGGGGGCUUCCAGGGGCGUGGGGGGCAUGGGAUGCUUGUUGGGCUUUGCUUGGCAUCUCUGUGUCCCCCCUGGUGUGACAGAGCCAGUGGCCAGGGGGCUGCAGCCUCGGGCAGAGCUUUGGCCAUGGGCACCGGGAUCUGCCAUCGCUUCAUCCCAAAGGGAAUAGGAUCUUCUGAGGGGACCGACGCGGGGCAGCCACCGCUGGAGCCCCAGCCGGGCAGGGGGUCCCGCCCCAGCCCUCUUCUUCCCCCAGCUCUGCUCUCUGCAAUUCUAUUUUUUGAGGUUAUUUAAAAUAAAAGCUUCUGAUGG